CCUGCCGGUCACGUGGUACAGACUGCUGCGUCCGCUGCCUUUUGCUAUAGUGGGGAAAGAAAGGGAGCGGCCGGCGCGCGCACUCCCACCCUGCUGCUUGCCCGGCCUUGGGCGUAUGUAAGCCCCGCCCCCCCGCCGUUCAGUCAGUCAGGCCUGGCAGUGCGGCCUGCCUGAGCGGGUGAAGAGCUGCGCGCGUCGCCUGAGGGACGAAGCUGAGGAGUGGCAUGAAGCCGAAUUUAGCAGUUACUGCUCACCUCGGCCCGUGAGGAGGCCCGACCCUCGGCGCCGCCGCUCCUGCCUCUAUCCCGCCCUCCUCUGUUCUCUGCCACCCACCAACUCGGCCGCCGCCUGGGCCGCCAUUUUGUACCUCCCGCCCCCCCUCCUUCCCUUUGCCGGCCCGGCCUGCGUGGAGUGUCUCGUGCUGAGGGGAGACUCGGAGAAACGGGCGGCGGCGGCGGCGGCGGCGGCGGCGGGGAGGCCUUUUGAGGCGGAGCCUGGCGAGGGAGGGGCGCGCGGCGCGGGGGGGCCCCCAUGGCGAAGAAAACCUACGACCUGCUCUUCAAGCUGCUGCUGAUCGGCGACUCGGGCGUCGGCAAGACCUGCGUGCUCUUCCGUUUCUCCGACGAUGCCUUCAACACCACCUUCAUCUCCACUAUCGGGAUAGAUUUCAAGAUCAAAACAGUUGAAUUGCAAGGAAAGAAGAUCAAGCUACAGAUAUGGGACACAGCAGGGCAGGAGCGGUUUCACACCAUCACCACCUCCUACUACAGGGGUGCCAUGGGAAUCAUGCUAGUGUAUGACAUCACCAAUGCCAAAAGCUUUGAAAACAUCAGUAAAUGGCUCAGAAACAUAGAUGAGCAUGCCAAUGAAGAUGUGGAGAGGAUGCUGCUAGGAAAUAAGUGUGACAUGGAAGACAAGAGAGUGGUACCAAAAGCAAAAGGCGAGCAGAUUUCAAGGGAGCAUGGGAUUAGGUUUUUCGAAACUAGCGCAAAAGCAAAUAUAAACAUUGAGAAGGCAUUCCUUACGUUAGCAGAAGACAUUCUUCGAAAGACCCCUGUAAAAGAGCCCAACAGUGAAAAUGUAGAUAUCAGCAGUGGAGGAGGAGUGACAGGCUGGAAGAGCAAGUGUUGCUGAAUGUGUUCCCCUCACCAAGCGCCAUCCACCACCCCUCCUCUUUUUGCUGUGGAGUAAACCACUUUGCCCAUUUUAACCUUAAAUAUUUUUUGUUCCUCAUCUUAACACGGCUCCCUUUAUUCUUCUUCUGUUUUAGGAGAGCUCGCUGACUAUAACGUUCUUGAAACAAACUGUAUUAAAAAGAAAAUCAUGUCUCAAUUCCUUUUUUUCCCUUUCUUUUUUUUUUAAAUGUACCAGCUGCAACUCAGCAUCACGUUCUGGUUGUAUUAUAGUCCGGUCUUAACAUUAAAACUUAGAGCAAAUCAUUUCAGCUCCAGCCUGCAAAUUGUAUGAGAAUAAAACUUUAGCAUUAACAGUUUCUUUUGUACAACAGUGGGGUUUUUGUUAUGAAUAAUGUGCUUAAGUCACUAUAUUUGCAUCAGAAAAAAAAAAAUCAUUCGCCUUGAGUAUGUAAAUGGGGUUUAUUUUGUCCUGUGCCUUAUGUGGAAAGGAACUUUGGUUCUCCCCCCCUCCCCCUUUCUGUAUUCUGGUUGAAGCAUGAGCAGGAGAUUAUGCCACAUUUUAAAAACAACAGCCCUAAACUCUCUUGCCAUGACUUUACAGUGAUUGAUGUAGUGAAUUGAGGACGAAGGGGAUAGAGCAAGGUAUUCCAACAUGCUUGGUGUCUCCUUGUUCCUUGGAGGCUUAAUCUCUGACCAGUAUCUGCUGCCAUUUUCUUUCUCACUACCACUUUUUCUUUCCCCCUCCCUUUCUUUUUUGUUGCCUGCAUGCCAGUUUUGUGUUCUUUUUUAAAUGGUGUGAUAUGUUAUGAGACAGCAGUACAGUAUGUAUGCCCAAUUAAAUACAAAGCACUGAUCUAGCUUUCUAAGGUAAAACAUUAAGUAUCUAAUCUUUGUCUAGCAACUGUCAGACCAACUACUAUUCCUUCCCCUCCCUUCCUUCCCACGUAGUCAUUGGGGUCUGUGGUAAUGGAAGCGGUAAUUGCAUGCAUUAGUUUUCUCUAUGGAGGAUGAUGUGGCUGUCUUUCUUCAUGUAUGCCAUGUGGUUCCCAAAUCAACAACAUGAGUAAAUAUGAAUUUGGUUCUCUUGUUUGCUGUUCCAGGCAGAUGACUUGGUAGCCUAGAAAAUAUUUAAAAUUUGGGUGGGGAGAAAGGGGUAAGAUGAUCACCACCCCCAUAAUGCUCUCCUUCUGUGUUAAGUUCUUCAUAAUAAUAAAAAAAUCCCUUGUUUACAA